CUCUUAUCUACCACAGCCUCACCUGCUACAACAGAACUUACACUUACACUCUUCAUUCUUAAUCUUAUCCUUAUUUCCUAUUCUCACUCGUAUCAUCAAUCAUCUCUAUAUACCCAUUAGAUCCGACCUCGUUAAGAUGUCUCGUAUCCCUAUUCGAGGCCUAGCGGAUAUACUCCUUGCCAAAACGACACAAAGGCAUAGUAGGGACCAAGAAGGAAGCUCUUCAAAGAAGAGGAAGAUUAAGGAAGAACUUGUGGACGAUAGAGAAUUCCUAGCUGGGUUUAGUGAUGACGAAAGUGAUUAUAACGUCAGUCCUGACCUACAUGCCGAUCUUGCCUCUGAUGACCUUACAGAGAACCUCAUUGGCCUCCAGACUGACCAGGCUGAAGUCGUUGACGAUAAUGAGACAACCCUUCUAGAUCUACACGAUCUUCGGCUGCUCGAGCAGUUCCAGGAUCCUGAAGAGGAAGAUAUAAUACCAACGGUUCCUGUCGAUACUAUCGAUGAGGACGAUAUAGAGACUGUUAUAUCUGCCACAGUUGGAUAUCAGCCAUCUUUCACUGCCGCACCUUCUACCGCUGUAUUUGACACGGUCGCUGGUCCUAGUCACGUCACUGCUGAGGCCACUGCGGCCAUCCAACCGCCUGCGGACUUCGACGACUCAACACCUGUCCCCAACCCUCGAGCAGCCCCUACAUCAGACUUUGAGGUUGCACUCGGCCUAUGGUGUCAAGAGGCAGGUAUCUCACGCGCUCAGUGGACAGGCCUUCGAGAAAUCCUUAAUAUGCUGAGCGAUGACGCUGUAAAGAAGCUGCCAAAGGCCCUAGAUACCCUGAAGCUACAUGCUGUUGGCCAACUCCCUCUCCUUGAGCUCCGUCAGACCCCCAUCAAGCUUAAUAUUGCCAAGCUGCCUGCCUCAAGGAGGAAAAUCAUUAUGAGCAGAGCAUUAGCAGCGGGUCAGGUUGCCACUGCGCCUGACAACCUCUUCUUCUUUAACCCUAUCUACCUCUUCCAAGCUAUUCUCUCAUCAACGAUCCGCGAGCGUAUGCAUAUCGGAAUGGCCCAUUUCGUUGAUGAGCCGGCAGAGCUCUGGCACUCUACCGCCUGGGCCUCUUCAAUCCGCUACUCCUCCGGCGAGUUCCCGCGUCUCCCCGAAGGCCAGGUAGUCUUUCCGUCUGAUAUUGUACUAUACCAGUGCAACGAAGCUAUAUGCCGCUGCCACACAGACGCUGACAAAAAUCACAUCGGUCGCAUUCUCUCGUUUGGUAGAGACUACCGUAGCCAACGUGAGCAUCGUGGCCCUAUUGGAUCGGUCGUCGUCGAGGUCCAAAAGAUCGUUCCGUUCAUCGAUCUUAUGGAUACACGCCGGGAUCUCUUGCUCAUGAUCAUCAAGCUUGACCCUCUGCCAGAAAAUAAGGAACUAGUGAUCCUAGAGGAUGAUAUUUCUAUGGUUCUCGAGAGUGCUCUUACUCCAUAUACCUUCAACUUUGACAUCUUCCUUGACUAUGCCUUCGAGAGCAGCGUUAAGCUUAGAGACGACAAGAGCCAUAUUCAAGGCCAGCUCUUUAUCCGCCGUAUUUUCCGUGGGGACAAUAUCCGCCCUCUAAACCAGUCUAGGGCUAUCCGUGGCCAGAUAGAGAUAGCGGAAUAUGGUCGCCAGUAUCUCGUUGACAAGUUUAGCAAAAGUUCUAACAUUAUCUCUAUUCCCCUGCUCGCCUUUCUUGACGGGUUCGGCUUAUUUCGGAACAUGUACCGUACGAUUAUGGGGUUCUAUCUCUUAUUAGCGCCUCUCCGCAGUUCAGACCGUAAUAAGAGGCAGAAUGUCUUCCCACUUACACUCGGCCCGCAUGGCAGCAACUUUACAGAGGUUACCGAUGCCCUUAGAGGUAGAAUAACACAGCUCGAACGAGGCAUUGAUAUGCUUAUCACCGGUAAGCAGUUUACCGUCUGCGUCUCUGUUAUGGCAUAUAUUGGUGAUAUGCCCCAGCAGCAGACCAAUUCAGGCUUCCGAUCUGUCGCCGCCGAAUCUACUUGCAGGAUGUGUCUUGUCGAGACUGCCCAACGUGGCCUCCUUGAUUUUGAUAUCGAAGCCCGCGGCCGAUACCACUAUGAAGUUAUACGUCAGAGGGCUUCUAUCCGAAGCAGACCUAACAAGAUCCAGAGGAAGAUUACGGCCGAUAAGUUAGGUAUGGAAGCAGAGGACCCGGCAUUGAUGAAACUGAGUCCUGCUCUUGAUCUCGUCCUCUCCCGUCCUCCCGAUCCUUUCCACUCUGAACUCAAUGGCAUCACGAAGCUUACGCACCUUCUGUGGAAUGGAGAUCUCUUGACAAAAAAGGCCGCAGCCGAAUAUG